CCGAAUCUUCGAGCCCAUUGCCACCAGUUGUAACUUUACCAGUCGUUCGGAAACAACUUCUCAUCAGAGAACAUUUUCGCCAAUGGCUAAAUUUGCAAUUUUUCUGGUUCUUGUUUGUCUCAUGUCCGUUUCAUUUGGCAAUCCUCCAUACUACCCCUAUGACGAUUACAACGGAUACGGGUCCUACGACGAUUUAGCUCAAUUCGGAUACGACAGACAAAUUGGCAGUCUGGGUUACUACACCGGGCCUACAUAUCCUUAUGAUAACGAAUAUCACGAAAACAGCUACCAUUACCCGGAUCCACCUUAUGUUGAAAACGCUGAUCCUUACGAGUUACCUUAGAGAACAUGCAGAACAACUUUAUUAUCUAUUGAUUGCUUCACUGCCUGGUCGUAUUGUUAACUUUUUGAUUAUUUAUUACCUCGACAAAACUGUUUUCCAAUUUCUCAAAAUUAUCAUUAAAGAAUAAAUGAAAAUGUAACGGUU